AUGCACUUCAGCCUCUCCGCCGCAACGGCCGCCCUGGUCAUGGCCGCCUCUGCUUUUGCCCAGAUCGAAGGCUGUGCCAUUUUCAACAGCCUCAAGAAGGGCGAGCCACUUCGCGUCGGCCAUCCUGUCAAGAUCAGCUGGACGUGCGCGUCUCAGAACGAGAAGCCCAUCGUGAAGAUCAUCCUCGUUGGCGGCGAGGAACAGGGGACCCAGACAGAUCGGGCGGUCGUCACUACCGGUGUCCCCAUCGACAGCGGAGAGUUCAUGUGGACCGUUCCUGACCUCCCCCCGAGACCCUUUUACGGCUUCAAGAUGAUCGAUGUGAGCAACGAGAAAAACCUGCAAUACUCCGAGCCCUUCCAGAUCGUCGGUGGCUCUGCCCUUGCCUCCAGCUCCUCCCCGGACAUCAACACCACCGUCGUCUCCUCGAGCGCCUCAUAUGCCACGCCUACGGUCCCCACUGCCAAUGCCCCAGUUGUUCCCACCUCGGCUGUUGUUCCCCAGGCCCAGGCUCCCAGCGUUCCCGCCGCUGGAGCCCCUGCUGGUGGUGUCCCCACCCGCCAAGGCAACGUCGACUAUGAUAACAAGAACGGAACCGCCGCCGUCAAGCCUAACGGCGCUGCCACCGGUCCCAACGGCGGUGUCGCCGGCGGCGUCUCUGGCCGGCCCAACAACUCUACGGGUCUACCUAUCCAGACCGCUGGCAGCGCCCCUCUGGCUCAAGCCGGCUUCCUCAGCGUCUUUGGUGGUGUCGUUGCCAUCGCCCUUGCUCUGUAA